GGGCCGGGCCCGGCUGGGUGGGUGGGGAGUGUGACGGGUAACCUGGCAGCCGCGGAGAGGUGGGUGAGCGGCCUCGGCUGUCUUGGGCCGGGACCAUCACACUUCCGUAUCCACUUCUAAGUCAGCUUUUCAAAGCCUUCGAGAGAGAAGACUAUAAAUACCACAGCCACUUAAAUGACGGUUAGCCGUUGAAUUCUGACACUUCCUUAAAUACUUUCUUUCAUCAGCAUCUUCACUGGAAAGAGUUCAGGAAAAAUAACGGAGGGAAAGAAACAACAUUUCCAUGUACCAUGGCUAUACCAAUAACAGUACUUGACUGUGAUCUCUUGCUAUAUGGCCGAGGUCACCGGACAUUGGACCGCUUUAAGCUGGAUGAUGUGACGGAUGAAUACUUGAUGUCCAUGUAUGGGUUUCCACGACAGUUCAUUUAUUACUUGGUGGAGCUCUUGGGGGCGAGCCUUUCUAGACCUACUCAGAGAUCCAGGGCUAUUAGCCCAGAGACACAGAUCCUUGCAGCACUGGGCUUCUAUACCUCAGGUUCCUUCCAGACUCGGAUGGGAGACGCUAUUGGAAUCAGUCAGGCAUCUAUGAGUCGAUGUGUUGCCAACGUCACCGAAGCGCUUGUGGAAAGAGCUUUGCAGUUCAUCCACUUUCCAGCUGAUGAAGCCUCUGUGCAGGCUCUGAAGGAUGAAUUCUAUGGGUUGGCAGGGAUACCAGGGGUCAUAGGGGUAGUUGACUGUAUGCAUGUAGCAAUCAAGGCUCCAAAUGCUGAAGACCUUUCCUAUGUGAACCGUAAAGGUCUUCAUUCUUUAAAUUGCCUGAUGGUGUGUGACAUCAGAGGGGCACUGAUGACUGUGGAGACAAGCUGGCCAGGGAGCCUCCAAGACUGUGUUGUGCUACAGCGGUCUUCUCUCGGCAGCCAGUUUGAAGCUGGGAUGCACAAAGAGAGCUGGCUUCUUGGUGACAGUUCCUUCUUUCUCCGCACCUGGCUCAUGACCCCACUUCACAUUCCUGAAACUCCAGCUGAAUAUCGCUAUAACAUGGCCCAUUCCGCAACUCACAGUGUGAUUGAGAAGACCUUCCGAACACUCUGCUCCCGAUUCCGCUGCCUGGAUGGAUCCAAGGGGGCACUGCAGUACUCUCCGGAGAAGUCCAGCCACAUCAUCCUGGCCUGCUGCGUCCUCCACAACAUCUCCCUGGAGCACGGGAUGGAUGUGUGGUCCUCUCCAGUGACCGGCCCGGUGGAACAGCCCCCCGAGGAGGAAUAUGAGCACAUGGAGUCCUUGGACCUGGAGGCUGAUCGCAUCCGUCAAGAGCUGAUGCUCACUCACUUCAGCUAAUGUGGAAGGUGGGGAGGAGCGAGGCUUUCCAGGAGCUGUGACAAACUUCCCCUCCCAGUACCCCCUCCACAGUCCCAUCGCCUAGCAUGACUGAGUAUGUGGACACUUGUCACAAACUGAUAUAUAAUCUGCGUGUUUUAGAAGGGUUGGGUCAACACCAGAAUAUCUUGAUUCGUUUGCAAAUUUAUUAACUAAACAGAAACCCCCAAGAUCAACAGUUCCCUGCUAUGCACUGAACACCAGGUUAGCACCGUUCACUCAAUUGAAAGUUCCUUGGUUGUAGACAUUUAUUUCAUGCUUACAGAAUCAAAGAGGAAAACAGCAUCUAGCCAGACAGAACGCUUUGUUUGUUGCAAUUAUCUAGAGAUUUCAAAAGAAAGCAAUAUUUGUCCUGAAUUAUUUGGAUGGUAUUUUAGCUUUUCUAAUUUCCUACCUAUGAAGACAUAAUAUGAGGCAAGUGUGAAGAGUGAUUUUCAGCUGGGGAAUGGGCUUCUGACAUAAAUAAACGGCUACUAAUCUGA